UGUUUCUCUCCCACAGCGGGACACACUGUGGUAGAAACACUCUGCCUAAGAAGGGACUCAGGUACGGCCCCACCCCGCAGCUGCGAAGCCACGAGGAGGCCCGUGAUUGGCUGCGCUCCCACUCCACCAGCGGGCUGCAGGACUCAGUCGGUAACUCCCCGUUCUCCCCCGGCUCCAGCAUCACCUCCCCCUCCGGCACUCGCUUCAACUUCGGACAGCUCGCAUCCAGCCCGACCUCAGCAGCUCAGAUCAACAUCGCCGGUCUGCGCAACAACAGCCUGACCAAUCAGGACGUCGCCUUCGACCCCUGCGCAGACAACCGGCUGAGAAACUCCUGCAUGUCUCUGGAUGAGAAGACUCGCACCAUGAGCCGCUCGGGCUCCUUCAGGGACGGCUUCGAGGAAGUUCAUGGAUCAUCUCUGUCUCUGGUCUCCAGCACCUCCUCCAUUUACUCCACGAACGAGGAGAAGUCUCAGUCGGAGAUCCGCAAGCUGCGCCGAGAGCUGGAUGCCUCCCAGGAGAAGGUUUCCGCCCUGACGACACAGCUGAGCGCCAACGCUCACCUGGUGGCAGCGUUUGAACAGAGUCUGGGCAACAUGACCAUCAGACUGAAGAGUCUCACCUUGACGGCAGAGCAGAAG